CACAACUUCAGGGUCUUCUAGCUGAGGCCUGUGACGUCAGGCCUCAGACAAGCAACCCCACUACACCCUCAGCUAGAUCCUGCCCCAAAGAAACCGAAGGAUCCUGCAUUACUGUAUGCAAGCAUGAGAGUGGUAAAGCAAAGUGCAGGGGAUGUAGUUGAGUUGCAGAGUGCUUGCCUAGCGUGCACCAGACCCUGGGUUCAAUCCCCACCACGGCAACAAAGAAGCAAACAAACAAGAAUAUGGCAUUGUGUUGGAACUGGAGUAACCGGACCGACCAGGAACACUGAGCCUGACCCGGAGAGUGCACAUUUCAGUGGGAAGCUGGGAGCUGAGCUCUAGACAAUCUACUGGACGGUGUCCCAUGCCCUCUGCUGAAGCCAUGGUUACAGCCAGGAAGAAUGUAGCCUGCAGGCUGUCAUCCACCCACCUCUGAUAAGUGGCCGAACUGAACGGGGGUGGGGAGAAAAUCCUCAGACAUGUGGCUGGAAGGGUGACCUCGGUUCAGGAGGACAGCAGAGUCCAAGAGUUCCUGGAGGAUGGGAACACCUGUCCCUUCAGUUGCCCCGGUCUGCACUAAGUUCAAGGGAACCAGGCACAGAGCAUGGAGAAUGAUGAACUUCCGUCAGCGGAUGGGAUGGAUUGGAGUGGGAUUGUAUUUGCUAGCAAGUGCAGCAGCAUUUUACUAUGUUUUUGAAAUCAAUGAGACUUACAACAGGCUGGCUUUGGAACACAUUCAGCAGCACCCUGAGGAGCCUCGGGAAGGAACCACAUGGACACACUCCUUGAAAGCUCGGUUACUUUCCCUGCCUUUUUGGUUGUGGACAGUUAUUUUUCUGAUACCAUACCUACAGAUGUUUUUGUUUCUUUAUUCUUGUACAAGAGCUGAUCCCAAAACAGUGGGCUAUUGUAUCAUCCCCAUAUGCUUGGCAGUUAUCUGCAAUCGGCACCAGGCAUUUGUCAAGGCUUCUAAUCAGAUCAGCAGGCUGCAACUGAUUGACACAUAAAGCCAGUCACCGUUUUUUUCCUUAUGAUUACAAGACUGUGGGCACUACAUGGAGGCUGAUCACAAGACUGAAGUUUCCUCACAAAUCUCAGGAAGUUGUGGUGGAACAGAGACUUAGAAAAUGCGACAAGAGGACUAUUUUAUCUGAAUAAUAAUGACUUUUUAGGUAAAGCCUGAGAAACAGUACUACAGAAUCAUGUUGAUGACUUCAGAUAUUGGAAGUAAAAUAAUGGCUUGUUAUUUGCAGUCUUUAGAAACUUGAAAAAGUACCAGAAUUUUUAUUUCUAGUCUAUGUGCAACAUAGUAUGAUUCAGAAAUUUUUCCACUGGGGAAAACAAUGAAUAUAUCCAUGUGCUAAGUGUAAAAAGGUCUGGCCAUGAUCAUAAAAUUUAAAUUUUAUACAAUUA